GCAUGACGUCACGCGUCAAUGCACGCGUGACAGUGCGUCGAGUAAUGCAACACUAGGAACGCGCCUGGAAGGCGUUAUGACCAGUUGACAGAGAGAUCCCGGGCGUGCAAGUUUGUCCUGGAUCGGAGGCAAGACUCGGAUGGGGCGCACCGAUCGACGAGCCUACGUCAUAAGCCACUCCGCCUCCUCCUCUGCCCCUCCGACCUGCUCGCCUGCACUUCAGAACCCUCUUCUGCACGACCACGACAACCACGACCUAGUUGCAUCCUUUCGUUGCCCACGACCACCUUUCUUAGCAAGUAAUUAGCCCCAAUAUGUCGCUGGGUGACGCCGACGCAAAGUUCCCCGGUCAGUCUCUUGAGAAGAACAUUCCACCCUCACCUUCACGUGAAAACCCAGGCCAGGUCUACCCUAAGUCUGACCCACACGCCGCACCCCACGAGUCAGUACCCGGUACAGGCGGGGCACACAACCCAGCCGUCGGUCAAACACUCUCCAACCCCUUCGUCCUCGAUGACGCCUUUGACGGCCUCGACCAUGCUCUCGCCAAGGCCAUAACCGCGAUAGAGAGCGAUACCGACGCUAGUGGUGGCAGCGCAGAGAGCGAGACGCUCCUGUCAAAGUUCCGUGGCUGGCAGAACGAACUCGUCGGCCUCCGCAGGAAGGGUGCACGAGGUGGGCGGGAAGUACAGGGCGGUCAGCAGGGACACGCGAGUCAGGGUGGCAUGUUCACGGACUGAGUGACAACGAAUGAUGAUGAUGAUGAUGAACUCUGCACUUAUAUUCCGCAACAAGCAAACUCUAAUGGUGCUAAGACGCGGCGGGCGCCGGCCCGCCCGUAG